CACCUUCAUCGGUGACUUGCCUGCAGGCGCCGAGUAAACCCGGCGAUCCCCCGGAGAACAUCACCUUUUCGCCUCUGGCUGUGGCCUCGGCGCUGUCUAUGGUGCACGCAGGAACCAGCGGUCGCACGGCCAAGCAGCUGUCCGCCGCCCUCAACGUCGCCGACAUAAGGGCGGUGCACGAACAGUUCAGGCAGGUCUUCAACGAGCUGGGCCGCCUGAGCGGCGAGAUCACUAUCAGCCUGGCCAACCGACUGUACGCUGACGAUCGGCUUCGGGCUGCGGGUGGAUACCAGGCUACCCUGGACCGGUGCUACAAGAGCGCCGUCGAGUCCGAGCGUUUCCACGCCGACCCGGAAGUUUGCCGGUCGAGCAUCAACGCAUGUGUCGAACGGACCACGUGCUUCCGCGUAAAGGAGUUACUUCCGCAAGGCAGCCUCGACUGCGACACCCUGCUGGCGCUUGUGAGUGCCCUCUACUUCAAAGGGCGGUGGUUCACCCCGUUCGACCCAGGCCGCACGGUGCCGGGCCACUUCCACGAGUCUCGCACGCGGGCUGUCCGCACACGAAUGAUGUCGGGCGAUGCGCCCGCGCGGCUCAACCACUACUGCGACGGCCUGGCGGGACGCGCCCUCGACGUGGCCUACGAGGACAGCGGUCGCUUCUCGAUGACCCUGCUGGUGCCGGACCAGCUGGACGGACUUGGGCCGCUCGUCGAGUCCCUGACACCCGAGCGCCUGGACAGCAUCCUGCGAGGGUUCGACCCGCAGCAUGACGUCCAGCUGGAGCUCCCGCGCUUCAAGGUGGAAGACACGACGGACCUCACGGUGGUCCUGCAGGCAAUGGGGGUCAAAGACCUGUUCGACCCACUCCUGGCCGAAUUUCCGGGAUUCGCAAUGAGCGAGGACGCCUCCAAGAAGGACGGCAGCGCGCAGGCGAAAGGAAUCACCCUGUCGGUCGCCCUGCACAAGGUGUUCCUCGACGUCAACGAAGCAGGCACCGAGACUACGGCGCCCAAGGACGUUGCGCAAACACAAGGAGGCUACCUCGUGGACCCGUCUCGGUUCCGGGUCGACCGUCCCUUCUACUUCCUGAUACGAUGCCACAGCCCAGAAGUGAUCUUGUUCGCCGGCUCCGUACGCCACGUUCAGCCGCUUUAGUGAAACUGGGAUUUUUCUUUUUUUUUUCGUCCGUUAACAUUGUUUCUGUGUGUUUUGCCAGUGACAUCGCAAAUGCGAUGUAUGGCAAAUUAAACCAUCGUGUUUAAUCUCAAGUGUAUGCGCUUGUUUGAUAACGGAGCAGCACAAUAAAAAGGGUUU